AUGAUAGAGCCGAGCCUCAAAGCACUCGAACAUCAUGACAUUCGUAACGAGGACUCAGCAAGGAUCGCCCGUUUCUCUCUGGAGCCAACGAGCACCUCGCUGACGUCCCCGUUCCCACACUGCAGCCAGAGCACAACGCCAGCAACUCCUGCAGCCGUCCUGAACUCCUGCAGCCGCCACUCCAUCGCUCCAGCGAACAGCUCCCGACCGGCUGCCGCCUCCCGCAUGUCCCGGCCGGGCACCGGCUGCCAGGCAGCGGUUCGCAGGUGCGAGGAGUGCCGGGCACGGCGCUGCCCUGCGGGGGGACGGCGCUCGCCGGGGCUCCCUGCGCCGAGGUGCCCUGUGCGCUCGGCCCCGCCGCAGCCCGCACCCCCGGGGAGCGCAGGGCCCCGCGGGGCUCGGCCGCGAGGGAGGGCCGGGGGAGGCGGCGGGGCGGGCGGGGGAGGAGUGAGGCGGAGGGCAGGGCCGGGAGGCGCCGCAGCGCCGGGGACGCGCCGUCGCUGCCCCGACACGGCCGGAGCGGAGGGUCCCGUUGCCUUCGCCGCCGCCAUGGCCGGGCGCCCCCCGCCCGCCGCCCCCAGGUAG